AUGGACGGUACCUACAACUACAAAAACCUCGAUACGCCGCUUGAAAAGCCUUUUACCGCCCUGACGCAACGCAGGUGGCUUUAUGAUAGAUGCGAGGAGGAUGUCUUCAAGUUAUUGAUAGAUACUCAUCGGUUCAGGCUUAACGACAACUACACGUUUCUUGGUGAAGCGCCCUACUACGUUCUUGGUGAUCCCUCCCCAAACCGUGGCGCUACGGAGUUCCGUACUUUCCUCAAGCAAGCCUUCUACCACCCCGACAAUAAGGGCCUACUACCAUCAUGGUUCACCAAAGCCAAGAUCAACGAAUGUAUGGCUUUCGCCCGCAGAACCCCUAGCCAUCAUUACAACACCAUGCCGGAGAAAUCUGAUAUCCUCGACUACUACGGCGACCCCCGCAUGCCGAUGCAGCUGAGAAUGUUCGCUGAGCAGGUGCUGCAUAGAUCGCCUUAUGGCGAGAGUGGUGACGCUAUGAUGGCAUUUCAGGCGAAACUGGAACGGGAGUAUUCUCCGGGGAGUGGCAAAGUGGCUAGUAUGCUGAAUAUGGACACGAGUCAGAGUCGGGGAGGCUGA